AUAUUGUCGUGAGCUGGUAGACUAUCUAAUCUGCAUCUCUUCCAAUCUCCUUUUUUUUCCUACUGUUCAGUUGUUCUGCUCUACAUCGAUCGUCGUUGCCAUGGCGGAUAUGUUUCUUGAUCCAAUCAUGGAGAAGCUCAUCAGCGCUGGCUUGCGUUACCUGAAAGAUCAAGCCAGAUGGCAGAAACGCGCGAAGGAGGAGCUGGAAAAGCUGAAAGAGAUUCUCCCCCAGAUCCAAGCUGUCGUCCACUUUGCUUCCAGCCAAGAGCGGAUCACAGACCAAAAUCCGGCUCUUAACAAAUGGCUAUGGAAGCUACGAGAUGCCAUUGAUGAUGCAGAUGACGUGUUGGAUGAGCUGGAGUACAUGGAACUUGAAAAACAGCUGACCAAAAACAAGAAGCUGCGAAAGGUGCGUUCCAUCAUGAAAUCCAUGAAGAAAAGACUUGUCAAAAUUGGCAAACGUGCUCUCAAAAUUGAUCCCAACUUGAAGCGACUGGAGGAGGCUGUGCAGAAACUUUAUGGAGUUUCAACUAAUGUUUCUUCUUUCCUUUAUCUUGUAAAAGACGCAAAGCAGGAGCAGCAGCUUGAGCUGUACAGAGCGCGUGAAACGGGAUCCUCGCCUAAAAAUGAUCUCAUCGGUCGAGGCAAAGAGAAGGAGCUUGUUAUGGAGUGGCUGGGGAAUCCAUCAAAUGAGCCUCGGGGAAGUGAUUUGUACAGAAACAUUUCUCUUCUAUCUAUAGUGGGCCAUGGUGGUAUGGGGAAGACAACACUCUUGCAACAUAUCUAUGAAGAUGAAAUGACGAAGGAAUUUGAUCUUAAAAUGUGGGUUUGUGUUUCCAACAACUUUGAUGCUAAAGAAGUCAUUGCAGAUAUGCUGGAACUUCUUAAGAAGGAGAGGCCUCGUUUGGAGAAACUUGAGGCACUUCAUGAGCGUCUCAAGAAUGAGGUGAUGUCCAAAAAGUUCUUACUUGUGCUAGAUGACAUUUGGGAGGAGGAAAAGUGGGACCAAAGUAAAUGGGAGAAUGUGCUCGCCCCUCUAGCUUCUGGGGGUUGCGGUAGUAAGAUUCUGGUAACAACUCGAACAGACUCAGUUGCACUGAUGUUUGCAAAUGUAAUUAACAAGAAGAAGAAAAUAGUUAGAUUAGAGGGCCUAGAGGAAGAUGAGUGUUUGCAGCUCCUCAACUCUCACGCAUUUGCUGGUGUAGAGAACCCCCCUGAUGAUCAUAAAAAAUUAAGAGCCAUUGCUGGAGAGAUAGUUAAAAAGCUUUUAGGAUCUCCAUUGGCAACUAAAGUCAUUGGUGGUGUUCUGAAGGAGAACUUGGAUGAAAGGCAUUGGAGAACAGUUCUAGAAAGCAAUUUAUUGGAUCAGAAUUCUAUCAAUUCCAUCUUAAGACUGAGCUAUAUAGUUCUGCCAAAUUCUUUAAAAAGUUGUUUCGCAUUUUGUGGCAUGUUCGCACAAGAUCAUGUGUUUGAUAAAGAUGAUUUAAUCCGAAUGUGGAUUGCAUUGGGUUUCAUUCAUCCAUCUCUUGAUCAAGAAGAGAUUAUGGAGGAUAUCGGAGGAAGGUAUUUUGAUGUUUUGGUUAAAAAAAAUUUCUUUGACAAAUUUGGACGAUACUACAAGAUGCAUGAUUUAAUACAUGAAUUAGCACAAUUAAUUUCCAUACAUGAAUGUUUAAGAGUUGAGAAUAGUACAAAGUUGCUUUCUAAAAUUCACGAGACUCUUCGACACUUGUCUAUUGAAACUACAAAUCUAGACAUCUUAAGAAAGAUUGAGAAGUUUAAACAUUUGCAUUCUCUUUUCUUAGUCUAUGAAGAUUCUAAUCCGGAUCUUUGUAGUGCACUUAUUGAUAUAUUCAAAGCAUCGAGAUGCCUGCGCUUAUUAUACAUACGUACUCAUGAACUGAAAAUGAUACCUGAAGAGAUUAGAUAUUUGAAGCAUCUUCGAUAUUUGAAGAUCAAAAUAUUUGAUGUCACUAGGCUACCAAGAUCUCUAAGUAAUCUCUAUCACUUGCAAUACAUAAUCUAUCAUCACUGGCGGUCAAGCGGAUCUGAAGUUGAUGAUUUUUUACCUAGUGACAUUAAUAACCUUUCAAACUUGCGUCACAUGAAAUUGCCCAAGAAUUUUUCAUCAAUAUGUGGGAUUGGGAAGCUAAAGUCUCUUCAAGAACUGAGUAUGUUUGAUCUUAGAGAUGUGAGUGGUUAUAAAAUUUGGGAGCUGGAGAAUAUGAAUGAUCUUUGCAAAUUGGGAAUCAACUGCCUUGAAAAUUUGAAGGACGCCGAAGAGGCUUGUGAUGCCCAAUUAUGUGAAAAGAAGAGGCUCACAGAUUUAACCUUAUGUUGGCGGAGCACUUAUUCGAGGAACAUCGAUUUAGAUGAGAAUGUGCUCGACAACCUUCAGCCGCCAAAAUGUCUAAGGAAUCUGAGAAUAAAGGGAUACAUGGGUGCAAGGUCAACAAUAUGGAUGAACAAUGUCAAUCCGAUCUUGAAUCUAGAGAAAAUCGAAUUGACAGAUUGCUUGGAGUGGGAAACUCUUCCUCCUUUUGGGCAACUUCCCUUCCUCAAGUCUCUAAAACUUGAUGGGAUGCCGAAAGUAAAAUGGCUCGAAAGUAAAUUUAAUGGGAAUGAUAAAUACCAUGCCUUUCCAUUGCUAGAGGAGCUACAUAUUACGAAAUUAGAAGCAUUAGAGGAUUGGUUUGAGGCAGGAGUAGCUGCUGAAGAUGGAUGUUUGUUUCCUUGCUUAAUUGAACUGGUGCUACGUGGCUGCCCGAUGUUGAAAGAGUUGCCCUCUUUGCCUUCUAAGCUCAAGACCUUGGAGAUACAGAAAAUUGGGUGGACGACUUUGAAUUUUUGUAGCAAUUCAAAUCCUAUUCCCCUUGAAACAUUAGAGGUCAUUCACUGUCCAAACAUUACAUCUCUUCCUCUGGCUGAUGAAAUAGCAAGACUUGCAGCACUAAGAUACUUGAUGAUUAUAAUUUGCCCCAAUCUGAUCUCUCUGGGAAGAUAUCGAGAAGUGGAGACCACUAAUAAUUGCCAUCUCAUGCUCAGCGAUCUUGAAAUAAGUGAUCCAUCGGUGUUGCUAAUGGAGCCAUUGAGAAGUAUCGCCUCCUUAAAAGAGCUGAGAAUCAUGGAUAAUGAUGAGCUGGUUUCAUUUCCAAAUGAGGCAGAUCAGUGGUUUCUGAAAGUCAGGUCUUCUCUUUCUGAGCUGAAGUUUAUGUUUCUCGAGUCCUUAGAGUCUCUCCCUUCCUCCUUGGAAAGCUUAUCUUCACUUCAGAAUCUACAUAUAUGUGAUGUUCCCAUGCUUCGGGAAUUACCGAACCUUUCUCCCUCUUUGCAUAGUCUAUAUAUUAAGCGAUGUCAUCCAGAGUUGAAGGAGCGCUAUCGAGAGGAUGGAGGCUCCGAUCGGCACAAGAUUGCUCACAUUCCGAGUAUCGAAAUUUCUACCGAAUAUUAGGUCCAACUACUUCAAUAAAAUUUGAGAAUACAUAAGCAAAAUUAUUUCUUCUUAUAUAUAAUGAAAUGUGAAGAAUGCGAUGUGAGCAUGAACAAGCUGUUUGUAUCACUUGAUCUAUGUACUCAAUUUUAUUUAUGUAUCACUUUGUGCUCCUUUUGUAUAUGUAAAUAUAUUUUUCUUUAAGCUA